AUGGUUCGCACUCAAGGCAGUCGCUCGCUCAACGCAGAUGAGCAAACAUAUCACCAUCGUUGCAUGUCAAGCUCCCCUCUGGCGGAAACAGCAAUUGCUCGAGAUCUUGAAAAUUAUGCCGAUAACGAAGACUCCAUAACUACCACCGAAGACGAAGAACACUCCGAGGCGUCGACCGUACGUGCGAUCAAUAGCCAGCCCGGUACAGCCCCCCAUUCUUUAGUUGGCUCUUACCAACGCCCUAGCUUUUUCACCACUGUAUCGCAUAGCACAGUUGUUCCGCACCGAGGAGAGCCGGAAUGUCUUUCGUGGAGGGAACGCGACCAGGCAAUCGAAGAGGAAAGACGACUUCUGACUGAUAAUCAUGUUAUUUCGGAUGGUAUCAGAACAAAUGACCAGAACGGACGGCGGCGCAGAUUCAGCGGCCUUCUGUCCCGCAGUCUCAGAUCAAAGUCUCCCGAGCCUGUAGAUUCACUGGAGUCUGGCAGUGGAGUGGAGAGGCGGGAGAGGACGGAAGCUGUUGCUGUACCGACAGAAACUACCUCUCUGCUUGGAGCUGGGAAUGGUGGCCCUGGCUAUAGCUUGAGAGAUGCUGAAGCGAUUGAUCGAAAGUGGGAGGAAGCGGUAGUUGCUGGUCUGAUACAUACAACAUGGAAGCGAGAAGCUCUGGUGAUAAGCAGAUACGCUGCUCCACUUACUGUUACCUUUCUGCUUCAGUAUUCCCUGACAGUAGCGAGCAUAUUCACCGUAGGUCAUCUGGGCAAGAAGGAGCUCGGUGCUGUCAGCUUGGCAAGUAUGACUGCAAACAUUACCGGCUACGCAGUUUACCAAGGUUUAGCAACCAGCUUGGACACUCUCUGUUCGCAAGCAUACGGAUCUGGAAAGAAGAAGCUUGUUGGUCUGCAAAUGCAGAAGAUGGUCUUUUUCCUUUGGACUAUUACCAUUCCUAUUGCAUUGAUUUGGUUUUUCGCCGAUAUGAUCCUCUUGAGAAUUGUUCCGGAGAAAGAGGUCGCCAAGUUGGCAGGUUUAUAUCUGAAGGUGGUUGCUCUGGGCGCGCCGGGGUACGCUUGCUUUGAGAGCGGGAAACGGUACAUGCAGGCACAGGGAUUGUUCUCGGCAUCCCUCUUCGUUCUGUUGAUUUGCGCCCCUUUUAACGCAUUCAUGAAUUGGUUUCUCGUCUGGAAAGUUGGUUUGGGCUUCGUUGGUGCACCGAUCUCGGUCGCCAUUACUGAUUGGCUAAUGCCAUUCUUCCUGUUCCUCUACGUGUACUUCGUUGCGGGCUUAGAAUGCUGGAAUGGCUUGACAAAGCGUGCUUUUCGAAACUGGGGUCCGAUGAUCCAGCUUGCACUUCCCGGAUUGGUCAUGGUGGAGGCCGAAUGCCUUGCCUUUGAAGUCUUAACUCUGGCAUCGUCAUGGCUUGGCACAACUCCCCUCGCUGCGCAGUCGAUCUUGUCCACAAUCGCGAGCAUUGCGUUCCAAAUUCCGUUCCCAGUGUCUAUCUCCGGCAGUACUCGCGUCGCAAAUCUAAUCGGUGCAACGCUUGUGGAUGCCGCGAAGACUUCCGCAAAGGUGACCAUGGGAGGUGCGGUCAUCGUCGGUCUGUUGAACAUGAUCGUUCUCUCGUCUCUGCGCCAUUAUAUUCCCCUUCUGUUCACUUCAGAUGAGGAAUUAAUCAAGCUCGUGGCUGGUGUGCUACCUCUCUGCGCAGCGUUUCAGCUUUUUGACGCCCUCGCGGCUAACUGUAAUGGUAUCAUGCGCGGUAUUGGAAGGCAAGAAAUUGGAGGUUACGUCCAGCUGUUUUCAUACUACGCCAUUGCGAUGCCGAUCAGCUUUGGCACAACUUUCGGACUGAAUUGGGGUCUGUUUGGUCUCUGGUCCGGAGUCGCUAUUGCGCUUUGUCUCGUCUCGAUAAUCGAGAUGAUCUUCCUCACUCAGGCCGAUUGGAAUAGGGCUGUGACUGAUGCCCUUCGGAGAAACGCGAUGACUUAA